AGUUGACAGUGUGAUUUGCUGAUUAGCUGAAACCAGCUGAAACUUGAUGCGGUUUCGGCAAUAAAAAUUAAAAAUCAUUAAUAUUAAUAAACAGUGCAAAUAUUAUUUACAAAAAUGGUGGAAGCGCAAAAAUAUAGGAUCGAGCAAGAGAUGACUAAUCUAGUCAAUGAGCUAGACAGAAGUUAUUUGAGAAAAAUGCAGGGUGACAUGCACAGAUGCGCUGCAAAAUGCUGUGACGACCAGCAGUCCUCACUGGAAAGGGUUCACGGAUGUAUAGAGAACUGCACCACAUCGUUAAACCAGGCUAACAAUUAUGUACAGAAAGAAAUGAAUCUCCUACAGAACAGACUGCAGCGUUGUGUUAUGGACUGUAAUGAUUCAGCAAGAGAUAGGUUAGGGCCGGACCCUAGUCAAGAAACUAUCGACAAAUGUACGAUAGAAUUUGAGAAGUGUGCAAUCAAAUGUGUUGACAAACACAUAGCCUUGAUCCCUAGCAUGAUGAAGUCCAUGAAGAAGGUCCUAGCCAGUGGGAAACCCCCUCCAAUGAGCGAAUGAAUAUAUAUACUAAAUUAGAUGUUCUAAGAUAGUUUAACACUGGUGGUAAAGUGGGAAGGGCACGGAACCUUAAAGCUCAUUUUUAACCGACUUCGAAAAGAUAUAAAAAAAAGACUAUAAUAUA